AUGCAAAAUCAACUACGAAUACUAUUUCAUUUUGGAUAUGAUCACAAUAAAUUAUUAUUUAAGAGUUUACAACUUAAUCAUAUCUUAAUUCGAUGGAAAACAAUUUGUCCAAAAUUGUCACUUGAUAAUAACACUACUACUACUACUACUACUAUAUCAUCAUCUAGUCCUCAAUGGGAUAUUUUACAUUCACAAUCUGUAUAUGAUCCAACAUUGGUGGAAAAUCCUAAUCUAUGUAAAUCUUUAUGGGAUCGUUUACAACUGUUUAAUCCAGAUAAUAAUACAUUAAUGUUAAAUAAUGACAAAUCGAUUAUUAGUAUGAUUUUACCACCCCCAAAUGUGACAGGUUCACUUCAUGUUGGACAUGCACUUACAUGUGCUAUUCAAGAUGCAAUUGCUCGUUGUUAUAGAAUGCAAGGAAAAGCAGUUGUAUGGGUUCCUGGUAUGGAUCAUGCUGGGAUUGCGACUCAGUCUGUAGUUGAAAGAGAUUUACUUAAAAAAUAUUCAUUAAAUUCUAGUCAACUUCCUACUGACCAAUCAAACUCUUCUGUAUUAAAUUCGCAAUUUUCAAAUCCAAGACUACUACUGGGACGUGAGAAUUUUGUUCAACGUGUUUGGGAUUGGAAGGAUCAACAUGCUAAAUUGAUACGUGAGCAAUUGGAUAGUCUUGGUUUAUGCUUGGAUUGGAGUAGAGAGUUUUUUACAUUAAGUCCUAAUCAUUGUGAAUGUGUCACUGAAGCUUUCUUAAGAUUGUACAAUGCAGGAUUGAUUUAUCGCGCUGAAAGUUUUGUAUCUUGGUGUUGUUAUCUACAAACAGCCAUCUCUGAUAUAGAAGUUGAACUUCGUAAUGUCUCAGGGUCAACAUUUCUCAAUGUUCCAGGUUAUGAUAAACCAAUUGAAUUUGGUGUAAUGGAUUAUUUUGCUUAUCCUGUGAUAGAUGCACCAAAAUCAUCAUCAUCAUUGUCAGAACACCAUCACUUUGAUUCAAGAAUGAAUGAAAUAGUUGUAGCGACUACACGUUUAGAAACAAUGCUUGCUGAUGUAGCCUUAGUUGUUCAUCCAGAUGAUAAACGUUAUCAGCAUUUAAUUGGCUGUUAUGUAGAGCAUCCAUUCUGUCCAGAUAAACGUCGUCUUCCAAUCAUUGCUGAUUCACAACUUGUUCAACCUGAAAUGGGAACAGGUGUUGUAAAACUCAGUCCAGGUCAUAGUCAAGUUGAUUGGGAAGUAGCUAGAAGACAUCAACUCCCUGUUAAACAAGUGUUCGAUAAUUCUGGUUGUAUAACAAGUACAGGAAGUGAAUUCGAUGGAUUGCCUAGAUUUAUAGCACGUCAACGUUUAAUUGAGCGACUCAGUAAUCUUGGUUUAUAUAAAUGUAGAAAAAAUGUUGAAGUUAAUGGAGGUUCCACUGUGUUACCAAUUUGUUCUCGUUCCGGUGAUCUUAUUGAACCGAUGAUUCGAAAACAAUGGUUUAUACGAAUAAAAGAUUUAGCUGAUGCUGCAUUGGAAGCUGUUCAUUCUAAUCAACUGGAAUUGUUUCCAGCUAAUCAAAAAUUAAUUUGGUCAGAAUGGUUAGAUCCAAAAAAUCAUAAAGAUUGGUGUAUUAGUCGUCAACUUUGGUGGGGUCAUCCUAUUCCAGCUUAUAAAAUGAUUUCAUCUAACUCAGAGUCAACUGAUGACAAUGAAGAUCGGUGGAUUGUCGCUCAUUCUUUAAAUGAAGCUGUAAACAUUUUAACUAACUCUGGACUUCACUCCAACGAUUAUCAGCUUAUACCAGAUCCUGAUGUCUUAGAUACUUGGUUCAGUUCUUCACUGUUACCAUUUUCAAUAUUCGGUUGGCCAAAUCAUACUAAAGAAGCACGCUUUUAUCCUUUACGUUUAUUAGAAAGUGGACAAGAUAUACUUUUCUUUUGGAUUGCUCGUAUGGUUAUGCUGGGUAUAUUUUUAACAGGACAAAUACCAUUUAAAACUGUUAUUUUGCAUGGUUUGGUAUGUGAUUCAGCUGGUCAGAAAAUGUCUAAAAGUAAAAAUAAUGUAGUGAAUCCAUUGAACAUUAUUCAUGGAAUCGGAAAUCUACCAAAGGAAACUACUGGAUCAUCAAUCCAAGUAUUAGGUGCAGAUGCUUUGAGAGCUGCAUUAUUAACUCUUCAAUUAUCUCAACAUCAUGUUAAUUUUGAUGAGAAUGUUGUAUUGGAAAUGAGAAAAUUUUGUAAUAAGAUGUGGCAAACAGCUCGUUUUGUUUUAAUUCAACUUCAAAAACAAGAUGUAUUUCAAUCAAUCUCAACUGCACAUCAUAAAUCACUAAGUAAUCAAUGGAUCGAUUAUGUAGGUGAAUUAAGCAAAGAAAAGAAAUUACGAUUAUUUGAUAUAUGGAUUAUACAUAGAUUAUAUCGACUAAUUCAACUGAUCAAUACAUCAUGGAUAGAUCCUAGAGAUAUUGAUUCUGAUGGAGAUAAAUUUCACGCAGCAAAUCACAAAUCUCCCAUCAGUAUUGAUCAUGAACAUUCAAUGUGGUCAUUUCAUCAUGGUGUGAAAGGAAUGCAAACUUGGUGGAUGAAUGAUCUAUGCUCUAUUUAUUUAGAAGUGAUUAAAAAUCAAGUUUCUACAUCAUCCAACACAAAUUCAUUUCACAUUUUAUAUCUUUGUGUCAUGACUGGUAUUCAUCUAUUUCAUCCGAUUAUGCCACAUAUCACGGAAGUUCUCUGGCAUGGUUUAAAUAGUAGUAUGGUACAGAAAAAAGAGGAAUUAUUGUGUAAUCCUGAAACUAGUUUACUAAUGCAACCAUUUCCUCAAUGUAAAUGGUUUGAAUUUUUGUAUCGUGAUGACCAUGGAAUUUCAUUGGAUCGCGUUGAACAACUUAUGUCUGAAUUGACUACAGUAGCUUCAAAUGUCAAUUCUUGGCGUCCUCUACUUAAAUUUAUAAAUCAUCAUAUGUCAACAACUAGUCCUGCUGAAUUGAAGAAAGCUAAAUCGGAUAGCGUUCAUUUGAUAAAAAAUAUUAGCAAUUCAACUGUUUCAGACGAUGAAUCCGCUGUAUUGAAAGCACUAACAAGUAUAAACUUGAAAUCAGAUAUGCUGAAAAGUGAUAAUUAUGUUUAUAUACCUGUGUAUAAUAAUCAAACUGAUUGGUAUUUAUGUAUAAACAAAACAGCAUAUGAUCUUGAUUGGGCUAGAAAUGAAUUACAACUUCAAAUUGAUAAAUCAUAUAAACGUAAAGAAGAUUUAGCAAGUAUAUUAAUGAAGCAAAGCACCAAAAAUAAAGAGGAAUUAAAUCGAUCAAAGAUUGAAGUGAUCGAGAGAAAAAUAGAAAAACUUGAAUAUCAACUGUCUUGUUUGAAAUAGAAUGAGAAAUUUCGAUCGAAUUCGAUUAUUGUGUAGCAUUUUCUUUUCUGAUUAUUGACUACUUACUCACUUAUAAUUUGUGUAUAAUUAUGAUGAAUUGAAUAAAUUCUUUG